GUGGGGUGGCGUCUCUAUAAAAGGCGUUUGCCAAAUUUUUGAGGCAUCACAAAUUACAGGUGCUCAGUUCUUUCAAGAUGAAGCAAAUAUUGUUCCUCACUCUCUUUGGAUUCGCUGCCUGCGGCGUAUACUCCCCACCAAGACGCUACCCAUCGAACACCAGCCCAACCAGUCAAUAUGUGGCACCAGCAUCUCAAUCUCAGUACUACGGUUCAUCAUACCAACAGGUCCCCAUCCUCCGCUUAGACUCGAGCAACAGCGGCGACGGCACCUACACCUACGCCUAUGAAACCGGUGAUGGCAUUUCUGGACAGGAACAAGGCGAUGCGAGAGGAGAAGGCACCAGGGCUCAAGGAGGAUUCUCCUACACGUCUCCAAACGGACAACCCAUUCAACUUCAGUACACCGCAGAUGAGAACGGUUUCAUACCCCAAGGGAGUCAUUUACCGGCUGGGCUGACUGGUCCAAUUCUCAGGUCCAUCGAGCAAAAUUUGGCUGACGAGAGGCGCGGGGUCGUGGACGACGGUCAGUACAGGGCCGGACCAAGUCAAAGUUAUGGGCAACAGCAGAAUGUUGCUACCCAGCAGUACAAUACACCUACAAAAUAUACCCCACAGAAAUACAACACUGCUCAGCAGUACAGACCUGCCCAGUAUGCACAAAACAAGUAUGGAGCUCCCACUAGACCACAGACUGGAUAUAAGUUUUAACUGAUACUGUAGUUAUAUGUAGCUAUAAGUUAUAUAGAAAAUAAAUCGUAAUUUUUUUAUAUAAAAAAAUGUCUAUUUUAA